AUCACAGCACAAUAACCGGCUGCGCCGCAUUGCUCGUGUUUCGCAACUUUCAUCAGGAAGAUUUUAAACGCUUUAACCAGAACUCCAGGUCGAUUUUUAUUCGGACCUUUAUUCAUUUAUAUCCUCGCAGUGUUCACAUGUACUUAGUAUGUUCUAAUGGAGUGAACGCGUGUUUUCAUCUGGUGGUCUUUGAUUCUCGUCGUUUCCUGUUUUGUAUUUUUGUGGCUGCAGUUCGGUUUUGAGUAAUUUACGUGAGAUGGAGCGACGUUUCUUUUAGCUCGUCGCGUUUUCUCUUUUUCUGUCCCUUUCGUCGUCUUGUUGUAAAUCCGACAGAAAACCGCUUCGAAUGGUCGGGUUUUAACGUAUAUUUUCUGUCAGCGCAACUUCGCUAAGACUUUCGUUGCUAGCAGGCUAGUGCGCUAGGCUAGCUGACCAGACCACCACCUAUCUGUACACGAUGUAAACAUACAGGGAACAGGGUUUUGCUCGUUUUAUUUUAUUACAUUUUAUUUUAAUUAAAUAAAAUUGUGCUCGAGGUGGACUCUGGAGAACAGAAAGCUUUCAGCUAUCGUCAGGAUAUUUGCCCGAACAGGGUCCCAUAGGGGAACGUUUCUCACCAGCGGAGAUCAUGGACAGCUCAGUGACCCUGUGGCAGUUCCUGCUUCAGCUUCUGUUAGACCCCAGUAAUGAGAAGCUGAUCUGCUGGACCAAUGAAGAUGGAGAGUUUAAACUCUUGCAGGCAGAGGAGGUGGCCAGAUUAUGGGGUGCCCGCAAGAACAAACCCAGCAUGAACUACGACAAGCUCAGCCGGGCUCUGCGUUACUAUUACGACAAGAACAUCAUCAAAAAAGUCAACGGGCAGAAGUUUGUGUAUCGCUUUGUGUCCUACCCUGACAUUCUGAAGGGAGACGAUAUAACCAGGACAGAGGGUGCAGAUGGGGGCUCUGGUGGGGCUCUGUCCCUUCCUGACAGACCCACACACAUCCCUGGGGAUAAAGACAGUAAAGCAGCGCCUGACCGAGGCGGUGGAACACCGGGUCAAUCCAAAGCGCCCAGUCGGAACGACUACAUCCACUCCGGCUUGUACACAUCCUUCACGCUGAACUCGCUGCAGUCAGGAACGCAACUCUUCAAAUCCAUCAAGAUCGAAAACCCAGGAGAAAAGCUAGCGGAGAAAAAGGUGAGCCAGGACUCGCCCCAACCACCCACAGUCAUUAAAUUCGGGACCAUUCAUCAGAACAGGACGACCACACAGUCUCCUACAGAGAGGCCUGAACUUCAAUUGGCCCUCAUGCCUGCCAGGACAGAGUCAGAGAUCAAACACACGAGCUUUUCACAUGUAGUGUGUGCGUUUGUGGAGACGCCCCCUGUAGAGACCACCGCGAUGGGCUUCCCGUUCUCAGGAAUCUCUCCAUCGCUAAUCUCUCGAUAUCAUUCGUCCUCAUCAUCUCCAAUGACUGAUUCACAGGAGCUGGUGAUUGACAGCGAAAUAGAGUCAAUCUCCUCCCAGCCUUCAGAGAUUCAGCUGCAGAUUUCCAAGGACAUGUUCUUUCAGGCAUCCCAUUCUCCACCUCAGAGUCACAGCGGAAAGUCUAAGAAACCCAAAGGCCUGGAGCUGAUGCCCACGCUGGUGGUGACCAGCUCUGACAUCAUCAGCCCUCUCAAUCUAAGCCCCUCCCUCCCUACAGCCUCUCUCACUCCAGCCUUUCUGCAGACGCCCCUGCUGCUCACCCCUAGUCCUCUUCUAUCAAACAUCCAUUUCUGGAGUACGCUCAGUCCGGUCGCACCGCUAAGCCCCGCCCGCAGACAGGGCCCGCAUUCCCUUUUCCAGUUCCCUUCUGUCCUGAGCUCUAGUCAGUUCACCGUACCCGCGCAUAGUUUAAACGGCACCGACACGCCGGGCCCCAUCUCGCCCGACCCUCAGAAGACGUAAGGAGGCCGGUUGACCAGCACGCUUCAUCUUUGCCCCGUAUUCUUGAUGCAGAUUAACCUCAUUUUGUUCACCCCGUUCAGGUAACGGAGAUUUAUGACCUUCCUUUAAACGUCAGGAGCGUCCGCUUGACUCUUGAUGAUGUCACAAAUCCCUGUGGAUACCGUUCUCUCGUGUGUGUCUCUGCAGGACCGUUCUUGCGUUUCUCUUUGUAAAUGUGCUGGCCUUCAGGGAUUGGCUUUGAAAUGAUCACCAUGUCCUGAUAGCAGAUGGUUGGAGAUCUACGCAUCUGUUACUAAGCUGACAAAAUGAGCAUGGUGUGUUUGUUUAUAUCAUAAAAGGACCAGAGAGGUGUUUGAUUCACCUUAACCCAGGUUUGCCUUUUGUUUGGGAAGGUCCUCAAACCAACCUGCCUUGCUAAGCCAAGCCGCCCCUUUUUUGCCUUGUGAUUUUGAUAAAGGUGAUAUGACGUCUCUUAUCUCGUACCUUUCGACACUCUGCACUUAUUCCCAUGUGUUCAAAGUGUUUUGUCACGGUAACCACAUGAUCAGCACUUAGAUAUGAACAAGCUGCACUGAGGUCCUGUCAAGUACGCAGGAAUUCGCCCAGAAACGUCAAGAGCAACAUGAACACAUUUGCCAUGAGAUGAUCAAAUAUAUUCCUUCAGACAAACUACGAGUUGAAGUCACGUCCAUUUCCAAAGUUGAUCAAAUGUGCAUCUUAAAUUCAUAAUUCCAUUUUAGUUUGAUAUGCAUGAGAUAUUUUUGGUGCAUUUUGGCGCACAGGUCAGGCUCAAACAUUUCUGGUGCUUUGACCAUGCCAUACAUUUUCGAGGGCCAAUUUGGCGGCGCCCUUGAUGCAUACUCUGUGACUUUGUGACAAACACGCCCCAACCUCAUCGCACCAUUAUCGUAACACUGCCAGACACGGCGCUCAAAUGAUGCUAAUAAUAAUGCACGUCUUUUCACACAAACCAUUUCCCCUUUUUGAAAGCCUGGAAGCCAUUAGAAAUGAUGUCCGUUUGGUGAGAAAAACCAGACGCUUUGCUUCACUUCAGUAGACUGCUGAUUCACCAUUAGGCUAAUGGAGCGUACAAAACACAGAAUGAAUGAAUCGGCACCAGCUCGGUGUUUAAAACAGUUUGGCCACAUCCAUCCAUUAGGAUCAUGGGAUUGGUAGAGAUCGGUUGGACGUGAAAGCCAGAUGCUUUAAAUCAUUCCUGUACUUGACUGCUUUCCAGCGUCGUGCAAGUCCCUUUGCAGAAUCGUAUCAAUCUGAGAUUUGAGAGAUUUUGCUGUGUGAUGUACGAUUAGUGUUGUCUGUCACGUUUUCUUGAUGUAGCUGGUCGUGUAAAUGUAUAUUUUUUUAUUUUGUACGGCAUGUGAUUCGGUAGUAAACCAUUGCGUUGUAAGCAUAACCAAAUUCUUUCAGCCAGUGAAAUCACUUUGGGAUCCAAGGAGGAUCAGAUUCUGCGUGGGAAACGCCGGCAGAGAUUGCUUAAUGUCUGUACCAAAUUAUACAAGCGCUGCUUGCAAUCCUCAUCUGAUCUCAGAGCAGUAUCGCAGUUCGUUCAGUACAUCUUCACUCUCGCAUAUAAACUAAUUUAGAGAAUCAAUGGCCAAAUGUUGCACAAUAUAAACCCUACCUCUCUGCUCGACAAACUCAAGCCAUGAUAUUAAACUGAUGUACUUUAGAUGCCAAACUGGAACGUGAGGCGUAAACGCUGACACUUUGUUCGCAGCUAAGGUGCUUUUCACCUUUGUGUUAGAAAACAAACUGAGCGUUUUAGUCCCUCUUGUAGGACCAUUUUAAAUGCAAUGAUAAGAAAGGGAAAUGUUUAUAUAAAAACUAUUUCAGCAUCUCAAGUCAAGGUCUCAGGUAAAUGAUUACCCACAAUCCUUAUCCUUUCACAAAACGUUACGUGCCCAAUCAACUCCAUGAAGGCCCUUUGACGUGACUCAUAACAUGAGUUUCUUAUUCUCUGAAUGUCAUGAUAUGCCUUUGACGCUGUCUUACAACUCGAUGUAUAUAUGCUGGCACAGUAUCGCAGGUUUAGUGUUCAUGCUGACACUAUUAGAAAAACAGGGUCGAAAUUAAAAUGGUUUUAACUUGAAGCAUCAAUUGACAGGUUUGUUCAAAGAAUCCAUAACGUUUGAGUCAUGUGAAAGGGUCUUUAUGGUGAGAUCGUGUUAUGUAAGAUCCAGUAGAAAUGUUUACUAAAAUGGCUAUUUUACAUGGUGCCUUGAGGUCCUGUUGUCAGUUGUUUCUCUAUUCUUAAAGACUUGUGUCUUGUCCUGUAGAGCUAUUGAACUAAAACACAGUUUCGUUUAUUUAAAGAAAUGUUUCGGAAUACAACUUCUUCAAGCUCUUAUUGACUGGUUUUCUGUAAAUGUAAAUGUAGUUUUAAGUUCAACCUGAACUGUUUCUUCAAAGUAACAUGUCAUGAACAAACUGUAGGGUAAUAAAAGCUCCAAUCUGUUCAGGAUUGUAUUUAAGAUUCAUUAGAUAAUGGAUUGUAUGAAACAUUGUUUACUCCUCAUUUUUGAGUAUUUUCAGGAUGGAUUAUAUCAGGCAUUGAAACCUUUAUAGCCAUGUUAGUCACCUUUGUGAUACAAGGGUGCGAAUGUAUUUCCAACAGCAACAUUUUGUAAAUUUCUCUGAUCUGUUGUUUUCAUAUAAUGAAACUCGGCAGUGAUUCAUAUUGACAAUUAGUUUUUUGUUAGCAAUGACUACGUCUUCUUGUAAUGUUCCUUAAAGGGAUAGUCCACCCAAAAAUUAAAAUUCUGUUAUGACUUACUCAUCCUCGAGUCGUUCCAAACCUGUAUACAUUUCUUUGUACUGUUGAACACAAAGAAAGAUAUUUGGAAGAAUGUUAGCAACUAACAUUUCUGGGGCACCAUUAACUAUUAGAAAAACAUCUCAGUUGAUAACAUUCUUUUAAAUACCUUCCUAUGUGUUCAACUGAACCAAGACAUUUUUACAGGUUUGGAACAACUCGUUAUUCAUGUAUUCAAGUAAUUCAUGACAGAAUUAAAUUUUUUGAGUGGAAUAUCACUUAAGGUGAUGUAAGCCUUUUAUUGUACAUACUGUAAUGGGAUAGUCAGUAGCAUUGUGAAUUGAUCUGUUUUCCAGAGAUUUUGUUGUAAAAAGGCAUUCCUGCAGCAUUCCGACUGUAUUUGGUUGCUCUUGUAUUGUAAGCACUGUACAUGCAGAUGUCUUCUCAUCGGGGGCGUACUGUUGCUUUACGCCUUUUACAUUGUAACUAAUGUUUUUUUUUUUUGUGCAGCGUUCAAUGCGAGUUACUUUCAUUAUUUUAGUUAAAUGCUUCCUCACCCGCACAGUUUUCUUUGUGUUCGGGGGAAAGCAGCUCAACAUAAUCACAUUUGAUAAAUCUCUCUUUUUUACGUUUGUUAUAUAGUCAUUAUAUUUGUUUUGUUUCUCUGGAAAUUUAAAUAGUUCUUGUAAUGGAUAAAAAUGGAUUUGUUGUAUGCGUUUAGCCUAUAAGCAAUGAUGUCUUAUGUUUUGUUCCCGCUUUGAUGCGUUUUUUUAUUGUAGCCGAAAAGAACAUCUGUUGUACUCCAUGUGAAUUUAAAGCCCUUCAAUUUGUCUUUGUUUUCCCAUCUUUCCUUUGCCUGGCACUUUUGUUUUUUUGUUGUAUAUCUGUUGUAAAGUUAGAUUCUCUUUUAUUAAUGAUACACCUACUACAAAAACAGUUUUGGAUAAAACAUUAGGCAUCUAUGCAUCCAAGAUUUUAUAAAUGUUAAAAACAAAUUUCCAGAAGAAUUGAAUGCGUUUUAUGGUCUCUCUAGAUAAAGAUUUUGGUUUUAUUGCAGAAAACAUAAAAAGGCUUGUAUUUAGUUAGUUGAAUAAAAAUGAGAUAAAUGUUCUGGAUUUGAUACAGGUUAAGCUCUAUUAUUGAUGUGCUGUUCUUUAACUUUUCUGCACUGUACUUGAAGAUGUUUUCUUAGAAAAAAAAACAUAGGGGACUAUGUAAAAAAAAAAAAAAACGUUUUACGAUACAACAUUGACACCAAAUGUUUUAUUCGAUAUUUUUGUGCAAAUGUAUUUUCAGAUUCGAAUGUUUACAGAUCUGUUUAUUGCCGUACAUGUUGUACCAAUCUGUGGAUGUCAGAAGGGAAGGACAUUUUUAAUAAAAAAAACGUUUACU